AAGUGUGCAUUGGCUCAAAUUCCAACUCGUCAAGUCAUUCGUCAAAAUCUUUAUUUUGUUUUGUCCAGAAAAUAAUUGAAAUUAAACUUUAACCUAUAAAUAAAAUAAUUAAUUGUGUUAGAAUUUAGUUAAUUGUCGUCGUUGGUUAAGAAAAGCUGCAUUUAAAUUACACGAAAAGCAGCUACGAUGGAGCGACACUUGGACGAAAAGAUGGACGACAUAAUGAAGAAACCUGGUGUGGUGGGUGCUAUGUGUGUGGAUAAGAGGGGCCUUUGCUUAUCAGACACACCUCCACCAACUUUUCGCAGUCCGACGCCCUUAUCUAGUCCCCCAUCGCCGUCGCCGCACUCCUCCCAUGCCGACUGGAGUUCGUCCUCCUCGGAUGAGGCUGAAAUGGCCGGGUCCCCCAGACGGAGUCGCGCCGAGAGGCGGAAACCAGACCAAAUUUUGUCCGGAAGUGUAAAGUCGGCUUCGUAUAAUAUCGUUUUCCAGGUGCUUACGCGAAUUUUCACCUUUGCCCUGAACGCCUUCAUCCUGCGGUACGUGUCGCACGAGGUUUUAGGCGUGUGCAACGUGCGUCUCGCCCUCCUCUACUCGUCCGUCAUGUUCCUAAGCAGGGAACCAUUUCGAAGGGCGGUUCUUCGCAAGAAGGAGACUGACUCGUGGAGCGAUACGGUCAACUUAAUUUGGCUGGUUGUUCCCGUCACGACGUUCUGGUCGCUACUUUUUGGCUACACGUGGGCAAACGUGCUCUCGAAUCCGGGGCCUAGUCCUGAUUCUGCUGUGGCUCAACAAUACCGGUCCUCCGUGUGGUGCAUCGUUUUCGCACUGAUUGUCGACUCCUUCUCCGAAGUGCCAUACAUUAUAGGGCAGUAUUUUCUAUUCGCAAAGUUGAGGAUCGUUGGCGACACUACGCUAAUCAUGGUGCGAUCCAUAUUUCUCCUAUGGACUGUGAUUUUCUACCCGUCUUACUCAAUCCUGGGUUACGCCGUGGGCUCGUUUGUAGCAGUAUUAGUCGUGGGUGGGAUUUACUACGGAUAUUUCUACUACUACAUUGGCUUGGCGAGGAGAGAUAUCCCCUUUUUUGGGGUAAAAGACUUUUUUCCCCGCUAUUGGAGUCGUGAAAGCGAAACAACUUUCCCCACCGAGUUGGGAAUCUUGUCGUGGUCAUUUUUCAAGCAGGGAAUCCUUAAACAGCUCUUGACUGAGGGGGAACGCUACUUAAUGACGUUUUUUGACAUAUUGGCCUUCGACGAACAAGGGGUUUAUGAUCUCGUGGCGAAUUUAGGCUCUCUCGCGGCGCGCUUCAUUUUCCUCCCGGUGGAAGAAAGUGCAUACUUUUACUUUGCACAGACGCUUGAGAGGAGGGAUUCGUUUUCAAGGAAGGAUAAAAAAUUAGCCCAAGCCACAGCCGAAGUUUUGGGAAAUUUGGUAAAAAUGAUGCUCCUCAUCGGAUCCGUAAUGAUCGUGUAUGGCAUCCCGUACAGCAACACGGUCCUCUUUUUGUACGGAGGGUCAAAGUUGAGUGAACAGGGACCCGGGACGAGACUUCUUCAGGCGAAUUGUGCUUACAUAUUCAUCAUGGCGUUGAACGGUGUCACGGAAGCGUUCACUUUUGCAGCCAUGACGCAGGCCCAGAUGGAUAAAUUUAACCGGAGAUUAAUAGGCUUAUCCUGCGUCGUGUUGGCAGCUUCGUACUUAUUUACGAGAUUAUUUGGCAGCGUUGGAUUCUUUUUGGCGAACUCGGUCAACAUGGGGUUGCGAGUUUGGCAAAGUAUGAUGCUGAUUCGUAACGUGUUCAUCUACUGUGACAUCAACCCGUUCGAGAGCUGGAAAUUGAAAAAGACUGUGACCCUCUAUUUUGCAGCUGCGUUUAUUAUAAUUAAUUUGUUUUCCAUUUUCAUCUACAUCAACCGCUCCAUCCAUGUCGCCUUUGGAAUUAUGAUAUUUGGAGGAAAUUGCUUAACAAUUUAUCACUUUGAUCGUGAAUUAAUCCAAUUUUUUGUUAAGAUCUUUAAAUCUAAGUCAGUCUAAUUAUUUACUUGACCGAGUCACACAAUCGCAAUUUACCAAUUUAUUUUUCUAAUAACAUGACCUCGAGGCUAUUCAACUAAUUAAUAAUGAUAAGUAAGACUAAUAAACUGGCGGAAGCCACGUGCUGAAUA